UACUCUCCAUACCACAUAUAUCCAUGGGAAGGAGGAGAACAAUUUUUUUUUUUUUUUUUUUUUUUUUUUUUCUAGAAGUAAAAUUGUAAUUGAAGGGCUCUACCCUCCGCUCUGUCCACAAGCACCACCAAACACACAAUGGUGCCACUGCCUCCCUCCAAAAGUCGCGGGCUUGGGAACCCAAUGAACAACCUCUCCAAGCCUCAAUCAUACCCCUUGGAGACGGGCGCAUAACCCACCGAAUCCUUUAACAUAACAAAAAGUAAGCCUUUCAAAUUUGGUGAAGCUUCUGUGUUACUGUACCUAACACCAUGUUUUGGCGUUUGUUAUUCGAUAGAAUAUUGAAAAUUUGAUGCUAUUAUGUUGUAGGGUUUGAGUUUUUAUUGGUCUGGCAGCUAAAAACAUACCCUCAGUCGACAAGCAUAAUUUUGUACAUAUAACGUAGGUUAUUGCAUUUUCACUUCUUACGUUACUAAGUAUAUCCAUACCAGCAAUUUCUUUUAGGUGGUUCCUUAUCUCCUUUAUUACUGAGAAAACAGGAUUUUUGUUUCAUCCUUUAUUACCGAGAAAACUGGACUAAAAUAUUUAGUUGGGUUUUGAUGACAUAUGGGAGACAGAUUCACUGAAUUGAGGUUUAAACCUCAGAUAUAAUGGCAUGUUUUUACCCUCUUAUUCCAAAGUAAUACUCAUUUGUUUCGUGUUUUUUUCUUUCUUCUGGUUUCUCCUUUUUUAGGGAGUGAUGUAACUUUGUUGAAUGUAUAAUAAAGAUAUUUUCUCAUGGGAUCCCUUGCACAUAAAUAACCAUUCCCUGUUGGUUUCUGCUAUCUGUUUAUGAGCUUUGUGUGUAUGCAGAAGAAGGUAGUGCAAAAUGACAUAUAUUUCAUGUUUAGUGCAGAUCAUAUGUUUAAUGGGAUCCAGUGAGUUUAUUCAGAAGGAUUUGUAAGGAAUUGUUGAAAAAAUAAAUGGCAUUUAGAUUUUUUACAGAAUGAAAUAAUUUAGUAGACACAAAGAAAGAUAAAUGUGAUAGUAUAUUGAUCCCAGAGAGAAAAUCUCCUUGCCCAAGGCCUCUAGUUUCACCUCACCAUUGAUGAUCACGGAAAAUUCUAGAAUGCUCUAGAAUGCCCCGGGGUACAGGCGCAUAUUUUUUUGUGAUAUUUGAAAAAUCAAAUUUCGUACAGACUCCUAUAUAUAACCAAACAAUUUGUUGAGAUAUUUAAAAAAAUCAAAUAAGCCAUUUAAUAAAAAUUUUAAUUUAAUAAUUAAAUAAGGAUAUGUCAUAUUAGCAAGUUAAAACAAAUUAUAUUGGUAAUUAGAAUUUAAAUCCCUAAUUUUAACAAUUUAAGGAUAAGUAUAUUAAUUAACAAAUUUAGAUGUAGUAUUAGUUGCCUUUCUUGUAAUUGUAAUCCUAAAUUCCCAAUUCACCAAGAAGUUGAAUACCAAUUGUAAAUAUUGAAAUCUAACCCCUUUCUUUUCUUGCAAGUUUUCCAAAGGAACCCUAUUUAAGAGCCGCAUCCACUUUCCAUUCCGCCUCAAUCUCCAUCGCCGUCUUCUGUAUUUCCUUCCAUUCCAGAGCUGUCUGCCUCAAUCACUCUGGUAUCGUAAGCUCCUUCAAGAAAUUUGGCUUUUACUCUGAUGCUUUCCAAGCCCCAUUCUGUUUUUGCAAGUCUUCCAGAGGAAACAGACAACAAACCCCAUCCACUUUCCAUAACAGACCCAUCACUGCCAAUCAUCACCGGUUUCCUCUGACCGUGCCGUCAAUCAGCCGAGAUCAACAUUUUCAUUGGUCUCGGUUCAUCCCUGCUGCUCAUCGCCGGUCAUUACUGCUACGGAAUAGACCCACUUCUCCCCGGGUUGUUCUUUUUGCCGCCUUGAAGCACUGACCGGUUCAAGUUCGAGGUCGCCGUUUUCAUUCAGCCGGCCACUCUUGCUCUGUUAUCGUCGGCAGUUCCGGGCUCAUCAUUAUUCUCUGCCGCAGGUGUAAUCACUACUAUUCUGAACGAGUACAAAGCUCGCCGAAAUAGCGACUCUGAUAAUCGCCAUCGUUCGUUGGCGUAAUCAACUGCCGGUGUCUUUGCCACUGUCACUUUCUCGCCGGUGGGCUCUUCCUUGCUGUCGCCAGUUCUGUUAUUGAUUCCAUUCUUGCUGCUUCUUCUGUAAUUGGAAGUGUUCCAUUUUUUUUUCAAUUAAUUCCUCUAUUUCCGAUCACGUGAUGUUUUUAAUUCCGCUAGGAUUUCACUUCGACCCCACAAAAGUUGAAAUCAUCCAUUACCUGAGCAGAAAAGUGAAGGGAGAGAGCAUGCCUGAGGGUAUAAUAUUGGACAUUGAUCUUUACGACAAAGCUCCGUGGGACAUAUUAAAAAAGGAAGAUCCGUGGCAUACGAGUAGCAAGAAUAAUUGUCAAUUUAUUAUCUAUGUCUUUACCAAGUUGAAGAAAAUUGGCAAUAAGAAGAGAGUUGUAAGGAGAGCCGGGUGUGGGACUUGGAAUGGCCAAAACAAGCCCAAGGAAAUUUAUAAUAAACAUAAACAACUUAUUGGUUCUAAGAAAAUGUUGGCUUUUGAAGCAAAUAUCAAGAAAGAUGAGUGGUCGGUCAUGCCAGGAGGUCAUUGGACUAUGCAUGAGUAUUCGUUGGGCGGUGUGAGUUUGGAUGGGCUAGAAGAAGGUAAUGAUCAAGAUUAUGUUAUUUGUAAGAUCAAAAGAGAUGACUCCAAAUUUUUGAGGAGAGCACCAAAGCAUGCUGGUGAGGUAUCCAAAGAAGAAAGCCCUAGUCAAAAGAAGAAGAUGCGGUAUGAUCAUGAUGAGGCCUCUGCAAGUACUCCUCCACAAAAGACUCCGCUUGCAACGUCUUCCGAUUUUCAGCCUCUCCCAGCAUAUUAUGAUGAGACUACAAGACUCUUUGAUAUGCCUAACAUCAACUGUUGUGGUACAAUAGAAGGCUUGCACCAAAUAGACUCAUUUUUUUGACAAUUUUGAUGCAACGUCUUCCGAUAUUCAGCCAUUGCUGCCACCACAUGAUGAUGAUAUCAGUACAAUGAACUCUUGUGAUACAGUACAAGACCAAGACCUGCAGCAGAUUGAGUCAUUUUUUGACGACUUUACUUAUCAAAAAAAAAAAAAAAAAUUUUUUUUUUUGACGACUUAGAUUUCGAAACUGAUUUCUUUGAUUCAGGGAUGGAGGCACGCAUUAAGGCUUGCAUUAAGGAUUUUUCUGAAAGUCUUAAGACAGAUGAGCUUGUAUGUGUAGUUACUAGUUCUUCCUUUUGUUCAUUGCUUUUUGUACACGUGAAUGAUUGUUUUCUCUGUAUGUGCCUAUGUGCCUCUUAGAUGUAUUUUCGAAUUUCCUUUUUCUGGAUUGGUGAGUUUUUGAAGCCAAUAUUAAAUUCUGAAUGAUGUCUUGU